UGUGUUGGAAAAUAACUUAACCGUAAAUGAAAACGAACACAACUUGGAAAACGCAGCUGAAUUAUGGGGGUUUGCAGACUCUUUUGAAGAAAGGCCAAAUACUGCAAGUCCUAAUUUAGUAGCAGUUAACAAACGUAAAAAUCUGAAUAGACCUAAAGUAAGGAGUAGUGUUAGAAAUAAUCGUAUUCAUAAGGGUUUAACAGAAGAAUAUAAAUGGAAACUCAAUUCUGUAUGGAAUAAAUGGUUACCCGUAAAAGAGUGCGAAAUAUAUUCUUUUUUUGCAGUAAUUUUGCAUAUGUGUCUUAUACCAAAACCUCAACUUAAAGACUUUUGGUCUCAAAAUACCGUUAUACAAAGUUCUUUUGCUCCAAAAGUAAUGCCACGAGACCGUUUUUUAUCAAUAUUAUCCAUGUUGCAUUUAGUUGACAACAGUAAAUAUGUACCAAGGGAAAAUAUAAAUCACGACAGACUAUUCAAAAUACGUCCAUUUUCCGAUUUUUUGAGUAAGCAAUGUUCUAAAUUUUACAAACCAGCUCAAAAUUUAACAGUAGAUGAGGGGAUCUGUCCAUUUAGAGGAAGAAUUAGUUUCAGAGUUUAUAUGAAAAACAAACCUCAGAAAUAUGGUAUGAAACUGUAUAUAUUAUCUGAUCCUGAAACCGGAUAUACAUUAAAUUUCGAAAUAUACUCGGGUAAAGAACAGCAGKAUAAUUCAAUAUGUGCGUUGUAUGAUAGACUCUUGCGUGAUUAUUAUUAUAAGGGCCACACAAUUUAUAUGGACAGGUUUUAUACGAGUCCUUUAGUUUUAAAACACCUCUGGAAUAAACAAACUAAUGCAGUAGGUACAGUCAWGUCAAAUAGGAAAAAUUUACCAAAAGAUUUAAUUAAACAAAAAUUAUUAAAAGGUGAAAUUACUUUUGCUAGAUGUGGUCCUCAAAUGUUCCUGAAAUGGAAAGAUACAAGAGAUGUAUUAGUUAUGUCGACAGUUCAUAAUGCUGAUUUAGCUCCGGUAACCGUGAGAAGUAAAGUUGGACCCUUAGAAAAGUUUAAGCCACAA